AUGGUAUCAGAACGGGCCCAAUACCCUGACCCUUUAAUCCGGUCCGGACAGUGGCCCGAUCAACCCAUUAAGCUGAUGGUCCAGAGAAGGCUCAGUUCUCCGAGAUUGCUAGAGAAUAAAAGCAUUGUCUCGGAGGAGUAUGAUGGAUUCGCGAGAUUAAUGGUUAUACGCACCAUUAUCUCGAGGGAGGGUGUUGGGAUAAAGAUCCCACAUUGGAAAUAUGAAAGGGACAUUAACAAUCGUCUAAUAAAAAGUCCCAAAGCUGAAGAUGUAACUAGACAAUCGUCUAAUAAAAAGUCUAAAGCUGAAGAUGUAACUAGACAAUCGUCUAAUAAAAAUUCUAAAGCUGAAAAGGAGGCAGAGAAGUCCAAGGAAACCAUGACGAUUAUUAAGGCAUGGAACCUAGCUAAGCCCGACCCGGCGGAGAAUAUACCCAAUGAUGUUGCUGACAUGGUGGAGCAAAUCAGUGAACCGAUAAAGAAGCAGGUUACGGUGAGUGACGUGAAGGAUGAUCUACGCAGACUCUUGUUAGGGAAGAAUCAAGUGAAAAAAAAGAUGCGUCCUCUUUUAACAGUUUCUGAGAUUCAUCGAUUGACAGAAGGGCUUGAUGUUACGGUGUAUGGACCAGGGAAUGUGGUUCGGGAGAUGAAGUUCAAGAUGUGGAACAAGGGCCAGCCUGUGUUGACUUCGGGAUGGAAAGGGUUCGUGGAUGCAUGCAAUCUCGAGGAGCAUUGUGAUUUUCUACAUAUUUGGAUGUUUAGGCACAGAGAGACUCGUGAGCUUUGCUUCGUUAUUGAAAAGACUAAGUACUCUGCAAUAACGGAACCGCUGGGUAAGAAGAUCUCUGACCAAAUUAAUUAGGGUUAUUUCUUAGUGUUUUUUUUCUUCUUUUUUUUGGUAGUGGAAAGAUAGGUACAAAAGUGGUUUUUAGGUUUAUCAAUUUAUAAUUAGUGUCUUUUCACGAGGAAUUGAUUGAGGCAACCUUUCAAGAUUCUAGUUAUAGUUUUGUGUAUGCUACUUAUGGGUGUUUUUGUUGUCUACGAAGAGAAAAUUUACCAAAAAAAUG